UAAAGCGGAAUCACUACAAUCUCUCUGUGCUUGUAGUUUAGCCUGACAAGCAGAGGAUUUCUGAUUCGUUCAUGCCCUCGUCGGUGUGUGGACUUAAAUUAUGCGUUGUAAGAUCGAACCGGGGCAAAGAUGCAAUGGAGGUCAAUAGUAGUUGGUCUACUCGUACUGAGACUCUCCCUCAGCUGUGUAUUGUGGCUAGCCUUCGGACUGGGACCUAACGUUAGCUGGGGGUUCAACUUCCAUCUCAGUUUCAAUUUGCACAAAUUAGACUUGUUAUUCAGGGAGGAAAAGGGGACAGAUCCCAGGGAUAACUCCUGGUCUCAACGAGUACACGGCCACAAAUAUGAGGAGACGGCGACCACCUGUGCAAAGGUUGGAGAGGAGUCACCCAAGAGAUCCUACCUGAGCUUCUUCGAUGGCAACAAGGACGAGUACGUCCGGAGGUACAGCUCGUUUCCCGACACGCUGAAAGCGAAAAUGAAGGACAUGGCCAAAGACAUGUUCUAUUUCGGAUACGACAACUAUAUGAAAUAUGCCUUUCCCGAGGACGAGCUGAAUCCCAUUGACUGUGAGGGGAGGGGACCAGACGUGCUGAACCCGUCAAACAUCAACAUAAAUGACGUUUUGGGGAACUACUCUCUUACAUUGAUUGACACCUUAGACACGCUAUUGGUGCUUGGCAAUGUGACAGAGUUCCAGCGAGCCGUCAAGCUGGUUAUAGAUACUGUAUCUUUUGACAAGGACUCAACGGUGCAAGUUUUUGAGGCAAACAUCAGGAUCUUGGGAAGCCUUAUCUCAGCUCACAUCCUGCUGACUGACCCAAAACAUCCAUUUGGCAAGGUGGGCUUUGAAGGUUACGAUAAUGAGCUGCUGCACUUGGCUCAUGACUUGGCUGUCCGCUUACUGCCGGCCUUUGAGAACACAAGCACAGGCAUUCCUUACCCCAGGGUGAACUUGAAGACUGGUGUCCCUCCUGACAGCAUCAAUGAGACUUGUACUGCAGGAGCUGGGUCCCUGCUAGUGGAGUUUGGGAUUUUGAGCCGCUUGAUUGGCGAUUCCACAUUUGAGUGGGUAGCCAGACGAGCUGUCAGAGCGCUGUGGAACCUGAGGAGCAAUGAAACCGGUCUGUUAGGGAAUGUAGUUAAUAUCCAAACAGGCCAGUGGGUUGGCAAGCAGAGCGGCCUUGGAGCUGGUAUGGACUCUUUCUAUGAGUAUUUGCUCAAAUCAUACAUCCUUUUUGGUGAAAAGGAGGACUACAGGAUGUUUCAAGCUGCUUAUGAGAGCAUACAGAACCACCUGAGGAGAGGGAGAGAAUCCUGUAAUGAAGGAGAGGGUGACCCACCUCUCUAUGUUAAUGUGAACAUGUUCAGUGGUGAGAUCAUGAACACCUGGAUUGACUCCCUUCAGGCCUUCUUUCCUGGGCUGCAGGUGCUGAAUGGUGAUGUAGAUAAUGCCAUUUGCCUGCAUGCGUUCUACUAUGCCAUCUGGAAGCGCUUUGGGGCUUUGCCCGAGAGAUACAACUGGCAGCUGCAGGCUCCUGAUGUUCUCUUCUACCCCUUAAGACCAGAGCUGGUGGAGUCAACUUAUCUGCUCUACCAGGCGACCAAAAAUCCUUUCUAUUUGCAUGUUGGAAUGGAUAUUCUUCAGAGCCUUGAGAAAAAUGCCAAAGUCAGAUGUGGGUAUGCCACUCUCCACCACGUUGUGGACAAAUCCAAAGAGGAUCGCAUGGAGAGUUUCUUCCUCAGUGAGACCUGCAAAUACCUUUACCUGCUGUUUGAUGAGGACAACCCACUUCACAAAUCCGAUCACAAGUACAUCUUCACUACCGAGGGCCACGUGGUGCCUAUAGACAAGCGCUUCAGGGAGAAACAGUGGAAUGACUUGUUUCCAUGUGAGGAGGGAGCGCUGGCAGAAAGAGAACCAAACACCCGGCCACCUCCCAGCAACGUCAGCAAUUGUAACAGGAUCCCAGAGGAGCGACGGUACACUCUGCCGUUAAAGAGUGUCUACAUGAGGCAGAUCGAUCAUAUGGUGGGACUUUUCUGAGUAACAGAACACAUGUGGUGACACUGGCAUUCAGUACACCACCUGAGGUGCAGAUGCAGGGAGGUUAGAAGAGUUCCACUAUUGGUCAGAAUCCUCAUUCAGGAUCCUGACAGGAAACUGACGCUAAAAGAAAACCGAUUACUUGCUGUAUUAAUUAAUUAUUAUUAAAGUAUGUGAGGGUGUUUUUGCUCUUUGGAGCGUUAGCAUGUAGGCGACAAAGACGAACAACUUUUCUGCUUGAAAAUGAGGAGUCAUAUUUCAUUACUUUUUGGUUGGUGAUUGCAGUUUUUAGAAUAACUGGUGUGUUGCCGUGGAGCAACAAAUGUCUGUUCAGGUCUGAAUGUGUAUACAUUGUGUGUAUGUGUUAAAAUUACAGCUAAGCUGUGAAUCAUAAUAAUGUGUUUAUGGGAACAGUGCCAUCUAGCCACACAUAUGUAAAAUGCAUAGCCUAUAAAAACUCACCUCUAAAUAGUUUUCUCUGAACAUGAUGAUCAGUGCCUCUUUGCAGUUGAUUCACUUGACUAGAUCAGUGCUUACAUAAGGGCUGCACAUUCACAGAGAUCAUAACAGGUGAUGAAUUAUGCACACACUGCAGAACCCUGCUUCUUGUGACGUUGUAACAUGUUGUAGAUUGUGCCUGUAGGAACUUUGUUGGUCUUUUGUAGGCCUCAGGCGGUUUUUACAACAUGCUGGAACAGUUGUCAUGUCUCUCUCACUCUAGAUAAUUAGCUUUUUCGUCUUUUUCUUAAACAGGAUUAACCACAUUGCAACUAUUUUAGAGAGGCUCCUGUCUUGCUUUUGUUUUGCACAUUUGUCAAGUAUAACGUAACAGGGAGUAACAGACAACACGAACGUGAACUGCUUCCUGCCUGUUAGGUGUUUACACACUUCUGAUAAUACUGAUGGAAACUGAAGUGUUUGAAAUCUCUCAGGCUUCUAGUUACUCAGUGUCUUACAAAGGACAAACAGAUGUGCCAUGACUGUGUGUGUGUGUGUGUGUGUGUGUGUGUGUGUGUGUGUGUGUGUGAGAGAGAGAGAGAGAGGUUCAUGAUGACUCUUUCUGUUUUAAAGUGCCUUCAAAUUGUCUUUUUCUUUCUGGAGACUGUACAGUGCAUAUUAGUUGUGGUUAACAUUGUCGAUUUUCUUUUGUUUGUUGUUUUUUUUUUGUCUGUUUUUUUUUUUUGAGGCCACUGUUGAUAUUGCACAAUAGGUGUCAUUCCAUGUGUAUGUACAGUUUUACACUGAUUAUGACAUAAAGCUCCUUGUUUUUUUUUUUUUAGACAUGAUAAAUCAAGCCAUAAAUUGUAUUUUUAAUGGUAAUAAGUGAAAACGUCAUUUUCCACCAUUUUUCUGUCUAACAUAUUUAGUACUUUCCUGCAUAGUUUCUGAUUUAUUCUUCAGAGAAGAUGGAAGUUAUCAUUUGCUGUUUGUCUUUCACAUUCUUGCACAUCAUAUCUAUUAAUUGUCAUGUGGUGAGAACUCAGGGUUUAAAGGAAAAACAAAAAAAUCAAUGAAUGCUUUCGUUAAAAAAAAAAAAAAAAAAUUCUUGAAACGUUGUUGCCUACAAUGUCUUAGGAUAGCCUUAGGUAUUUAUAUUGCAAACGUUACAACUUGUUUAUCUAAGGUUGAAGAAUAGCCGCACUGAACUGAAGUACAGUUGUACUGUGAAUAUUCAUUAAUGUCCCAAACAAAUAUAUAUAACUAUUGUCUCCUAAACAGUGAUGUUUGAUUCAUGUACAGCUCAACUGAUGUGCACUUUCUGACUGGUUCAUCAGUUAUCAAACAUCCUGAGUGUCUGUUAAGCGCAGCAGAGCCUCCUUUGGCUUUGGGAGACAACUGUUCAUUUCCCACGCAUUGUUUGAACUGCUUCAUGCGAUAGCAAUGACGUUUCUGAGUUUUCAGAUUGGCUGACAUCAUACCACCCACUUUGUCUUAGAUCGUAGUUAAACAUUUUGGGAACUAUGCUUAUUUGCUUUCUUUCUGAGAAUUAGAUGAGAAGAUCGGUAACACCUGAUACCAGUCUGGGGCCCAUUUCAGAAAAGCUAUUUGUGAGCACUGUUUGUAUGCAAAUUGCAAAUGGGGGCAACAUCAUGUUUCACAAAUGUUUGAUGCUCAGAAAUUUCAGAUAAAAGUCUUGCAGGGCUCUCGUGUGCUCAUUCAUGGGUCGGCAGUAUGGUGUUAGUUUUGAUUAGUAAAACAAAAUGGUGCAACUUCAUGUGCUUGACUAUUUAUGUUAUGGGCACAUAGUAAACAGAUGAGCUGUUAAUUAGUGAUGAUUUACAAGUGCUAGUAGAUGGAUUUUGUUAUUUGGACAGAGCCAGUCUUUGUGCUAAACUAAGCUAACUGGCUGCUCACUGUAGCUUCACAUUUACUGUGUAGACAUGAAAGUAAUGCCGAUCUUCUCAUCCAACUCUUGGCAAGAAUGCAAAUUUCGAAUAAGGUCAAACUAUUCUUUUAAUCUGUAUAAAAUAAAGAAAUUAAUAAAUGACAGAUC